AUGACAUGCCGCUUCGUUACUGCUCCGUACGACGCGCAUGCCGUAGAAUUGUUCGAUUUUGAAUGCUUUCUGGUCAGCAACUUUGCAGACUUCGCUCUCGAGCCCGAAGAGAACAAAAUGCGAAUCGCUGCACAUAACAUGGUUCGCUCCUUAACUGCCGGCAUGGCGAUGAUCACUUGUCGAGAUCCGUUACAGUUUAACGUUCAAGGCUACUUGAAGCAGGCAUUCGCUUCUGCGCUGCGUGGUUAUACCACUGAACAGCAGAGGAUGAUGGAAGAGGCAUCGCAGAUCAUUGCAGAGGACAAUAUUGAAUUGGCGCAGUGCUAUAUAGUUAAAUCUGCUGCCGAAAAGGCAUUGUUGGAAAUUGACAAACGUUUGGCUCACGAAUUCGAGAUGCGUCGCGUUGCCCGUGCCGAAAAUCGUCAGUACUAUGAUACUCAGAUGCUAAAAAUUCAAGAAGAACGCAUGCCGCCGUUUAUCCGGCAGCACGUUGGCUCGAUUACUCCCAGUCAACUGUCGGUGUAUGAAGAGUUUGUCCGAAACGUUCCGGGUUUCAAACAAGCAAUCAGUGAUGAUCUUAACGUCCCGUUCCAAACCAGACCCUGGCCAGGUGGUCCACCCAUCGAAGAAUCUGAACUAUUAUUUCAGCACAUGCUACACGAGGUGGAGAGUCGGCUGCAACUGGCGAUUCCGAGUGCGCAGCCAACGUCCGGAUGCCAAGCGUUGAUCAAUAUUCGCGAAGCCCUAGCUAUCGCGUCGCAGAAUCCACGAGACACUGUUUCAGCUCAAGGACUUGUCCAAAAGCUGGUCGAAAUCAUACUAGAAUCGUAUAUUCCUCGUUCUGAAGUCGAAUGGAGCACAUGUCUGAGGGACAUUUUUCUCGCAGCUAUUAAAGGCCUUAUACAGAUUUUUGGCUCUAGUUGGGUGCAAAAACAAGUGACUAAAGUUUUAAUGGAGUGUCGGCGUGAUUGUCGUUUCAACGUAGAUGCUGUUGAUAUUCUCAUAAGGUCACAGCUAGUCAACAUGGUCACUUAUGAUCUACAACUCGCCCAAUCGAUGGAGAGUGGCAUGAAUUAUCCAGCGGUACAUUUCGCGCAACAGCUCGUUCGUCUUUAUUUUGUUGAAGAGCGCGGCUUUGGCGUCAUCAGUGAACCUGAUUUGUCGAAUACCAUUGAGGUUUUGUCGCGAAUUGCAAAUUCCCAGUCAGCAGCCGUUCACGAAGGGCGAAACAACAAUCUUCUCGAAAUGUUACGCGCUUUGCCUAGUGAUUCGAUGUUUGCCGCGGCUGCUCUCGGACCAUCCGUGGCGUCAUCGACGGCAGUCAAUAACAUUGGGCGUAACCCGCUGGACUUUUCUGGCGGCUACAGCCCAGCAACGCUAACGACCAUGGGUGCAGUGAAUCACCCACAGGCACAAUUAACUCAGCAGACUUCGUUUCUCUCCAGUAACCUAAUUUCUCCACAAGCGGGAAUAAAUCACGCACGAGAGUUUUGUGGCGACGAUCCUCCGGGACUGCACGAAAAGGCCGAGGCAUUGUUACGCGAUUGGGUCGGCAUGUUUCACUCACCGGCAGCCCAGCGAGAUCAGGCGAAGGCUUUCGCUGCGUUUGUCACUCAGAUGCACCAAAACGGAAUUUUGAAAUCAGACGACAUGAUCACACGCUUCUUCCGCAACUGCACUGAAAUGUGCGUUGACCUAUGCCACCGAUUUCUAUCUGACAGCAGCCUGAACCUGACCAUCUGCAGAACGCGCUGCUUCCACACACUCGACGCUUACGUUCACCUUAUAGCCCUGCUUGUCAGAAAUUCUGGAGAAGGUAUCUACUUGACAAAGCUGAACUUGCUUAACAAGGUGUUGGGUAUCAUCACGGGUGUCCUGCUGCUUGACCAAGAUGUAAGAAGAACAGAUUUUCAUCCGUUGCCAUUUCAUCGUAUCCUGCUGAUGCUUUUCAUAGAACUUACAGGAGCAUCUGAUCCCCUGUUGGAUCCGAUCAACUAUCAGAUUUUAAGCACGUUUUGCAAUGUUUUGCAUCUUCUUCGUCCAAGGAAAGCUCCAUGUUUUACAUAUUCAUGGAUGGACAUCAUUGGUCAUCGUACUUUCUUGAAUCGUCUGUUGUUUAUCCAGCCACCAAAGGCCUGGAGUUUGUAUGCGCAGUUGGUACUUGAUCAUCUACAUUUUCUGUCACCAUUUCUGCGAAACUUGGAAUUCCAAAAACCAGUGACACUCGUUUACAAAGGUACCUUGCGUAUACUGCUUGUAUUGCUGCAUGAUUUUCCGGAGCUUCUGUGUGAUUAUCACUAUGCCUUGUGCGAAACGAUUCCUCCAAACUGUGUCCAGUUGCGUAACCUCGUGUUGUCGGCAUAUCCUCGCAACAUGCGUCUUCCGGACCCGUUCUUGCCGAGCUUGCAGGUGGACCAGUUGGCCGAAAUCAGUUCAUCGCCAAGAAUUAACGUCAACCUUGCGCAGUGCAUCCAGCCGCUGUCUCUGAAGAACGAUUUGGAUGCGUACUUGAAGAACCGUGCGCCAGUCAACUUCCUCUCUGAACUUCGCAGCAAGCUACAAUAUUCGAACGAACCUGGCCGCAAAUACGACUUUCCACUGAUGAAUGCGGUCGUUCUGUACGUUGGAAUUCAAGCGAUUCAGGCUAUUCAGAGUAAAGAUCAACGACCGAAUAUUACCACAAUCGCGCAUACUGCUCACAUGGACAUCUUCCAGAAUCUCGCUGUUGACCUCGAUACAGAAGGCAAGUUACUGAAUAAUCUCAUUUUGGAUUUUCUAUACAUCUCAUGCCGUCGGUAUUUGUUCUUCAAUGCGAUUGCGAAUCAUUUGCGAUACCCGAAUAGUCAUACGCAUUACUUCAGCUGUACCAUUCUCUAUCUGUUUGCUGAAGCGAAUUCAGAAGCUAUCCAAGAACAGAUUACUCGAAUUCUGUUCGAAAGGUUGGUAGCCUUAAGACCACACCCUUGGGGUUUGUUGAUCACGUUUAUUGAGCUGAUCAAAAAUCCGGUGUUCAAAUUUUGGAGUCAUCAGUUCGUUCGAUGUGCCCCUGAAAUCGAAAAGUUGUUCGAGAGCGUCGCCCGUUCUUGCACUGCAAAGAACCUCGCCGAAAAUUCAUAA